CAUUCGGUUUUAAAAGUUUAAGCUGUUAAGACGUGUCGUUGUGUCCUUUACGUGCGCGGUACAAUUUUCGGUGCUUGAUACAGAAAUAAACUGCAGUUUGCGCUUCAUUUGUGUUUUAUUAAAUAUAUAAAAUACAAAUUUAAAUUGGGUUUUUGUUUAUAUUGACAUCUAAGUUGAAAUUUGUGUAGAAAAUAUGGCUGACGCAGCUGACAAGAACGAAACCCCAGUAGUUGAAAAGAUCACUGCAGAGGAUGUAGAUAGUAAAGAAUUGGCAGAGGAAGUCGAUGCAUCCUCUGAAAACAGUACUGAGGAAUUUGUUGCCGCAACAGAAAAUACUGAUUCCACCGGUGACGCCGAUGUCAGUGAUCAAGCUCCAGAUACUGCGAACGGUGAGAAGGGUGAUGACGACGCAGCAGCUGAUGGCGAAGACAGUGCAGAGAAGAAUGGUGAAAAUAAACGUGUCGCCAAAGAGGCCAAUGGUGAAGCAACCGAUGCAGUCAAGCGAAAGGUAGUGGCCGAUUCUGAUGGCAAGGUUGAUGAUACUGUCCCAACCCCAGAAAAGAAAGCUAAGCUAGAUGACUCAGCAUCAAAAGAAGAAGCGCAAAACGGUGCGGAAGGGACCGAAAUAGCCGCCUAAUUUAAGUUACAAUCUUAUUAUCCAUUAAUCUUAAAAUAAUAAUUUAAAAAAAAAUUGACAGUAUAAAAUUAAAAAAAAAUAGUAUGUAAUUGUAUGUGUAUGCUGAGGAAUGAGAAAAAACAGUAAACUAUUUUACACAAUACAAAAUUGAAUAGUUGAGAUAAUACGAAGGCGGUUUGAUAAGUCAAUGACUUUUUGAAUUUCCCGCGCAGUUACUCCAAAUGCAGAUUACAGCCGUCAGCUGUAAUCUGUCAGUGGGCAACUUUCUAAUUUUGAGCAAGCUAUAGUCUGUCAGCCAACAAGGUCAUGGCCACAGUUUUUUGGGAUGCAAGCGGUGUCAUUCACAUUGAUUACCUCGAGAAAGGUAAAACAAUCACCGGCGAAUAUUAUUCAAAGCUUUUGAACAGAUUCGACGUUGAUUUGAAGCAAAAACGGCCGCAUUUGGCGAAGAAGAAAGUGCUGUUCCAUCA